UGUGUAAAAUUGGUUAAGGAAAACUAUAUGGUGUUUCUGUUCUCAUGAAAAUGCUUCUCUCCACAAAUCAGACAUUAGUUUCUACUCUUGAUGAUAUCCAUAGAAGAGAAGAACGAAGAAGAGAAACCUAGAAGAAAAAAACAUGUAAAAUGAAACUGAAACUUUAUUUAGCAGUUAGCCAGUUGCUGGGCACUUGUUCCAUUUGAACUGGUAUAGCGUAAAAUCAAAGAUGAUCAUUUCUCAAGGUACACACAUGUGCACAUGUACAUGUAGGAUGAAAUGUGUGAAUUGAUACAUGUGAUGUGUUGUGGUUUCACUGGAGAACUGUUCAUCAGACUGUUCAUGUGCUCAGGCUAACACAGUGAGUGUGUAAACUGAGCUGCUCUAGAGUUUCCUUCUUCCUCAAAAAUGAAACUUAAGUGGUGCUAUGCAGCAGCAAACAGAUUCUUCCCUUUUCAGUAAACACCAGCAUCACAUCUGUGAAAAUUUGCAAAACUGUGGUUUACAAGUGAAAGCCUGACCUGUCGAGUGAUUGCAAACUUAAGCAUAUAUAAGUAAGACCCCCUGCUCCCACAUCUCAGAGCUCUGCAUCUGCAUCUGACAAAGAGACUGGAACAUGAGCAGUUUCAAAGUAAUCCUUUUAGUCAGCAUCAGCACACAAUGUUUGAUGUGUGCAGCCACUGUGAAUGUGACUGUCCAGCUGGAGCAGAAUGUGACUCUGCCCUGUUACAUCAACUCCAGCUCUGAGAUGGCAUGGUAUCGACUGAGCUCUGAGAAGAUUGCUUUACUCAUAUCUGCAGCAAGAGGAAAACUUCAAAAAAAAGAUUUCAUUACUUACCAUAAUGAGGAUCAAAGUCACUUCCGGCUGGAGGCAGACAGGGGGCUUGACUCCGUCAGCCUAACCAUCACUGGGGUCAGAGAGUCAGAUCUGGGGCUGUACUACUGCGCUCUUGGCAUCAGUGCAAACACAAUGCAUUUUGGGACUGCUGUCAGACUCACAUUUGCAGACGCUGAACUGCACCGCUCAUGGGCUAGCGUGGGCUGCAGGACACUUUUGGUUUGUGCCUAUGUUGUAUGUGGUUUCUGCGCUAUUCUCUGCAUGUGUGUGCUUUGUCACAGGCAAGGUUCUUCCAGGGUCUCUUGCAUCAACUGUGUGAAAGAAAGCUCAAAUGUCAAGGCAGCACAAGUACAGUAUUCCAGUCUCCGGUUCAUCAGAGGGUCCAGACCCGCGGCUCCGGCUCCUGCUCCAGUUAACGUGACCUACGCAGCUAUAGCCAACCACACAUCCUGAUUCAAUGCAUUUACUCAGCUUCAGAUGAAACUAGUCUACUAUACCGACACCUAUACUUUGAACUUAUGCCAAAGCCUGUGGAAAAAAAGAAAAAAGUCAUUUAUACACUACCAUUCAAAAGUUUGGGAUUGGAAUGAUUUUAUAAUGUUUUUGAAGGAAGUUUAUUUUGCAAUUUGAAUUUGAUUUAAAUACAGUAAAUAAUGUGACAUAUUUGUGAAAGUUUUCUAUUUGAAUAUAUUUAAAAACUAUCUUUUCAGGAUUUUAUCAGGAUUCUGAUACAGUAUAUAGAAAUUCCAAAAGAACCGCAUUUAUUUAAAAAGAAAUAUUUUGUAACAAACGUCUUUUGAACAAUUUAUAUAUAUUUUUUAUAUUGAGGACAGAAGAAAACAUAUAUUUAUAU